AGCUCCUCGAUGCCCAAUCUGCAUGAGAAAUGGAACCUCCGGAUAACUCAAAGUGGGUUGCUUCAUUUGCUACUCAUUUAGCAUCCAUCUUCGAGCAAACAUCCAGGGUGGACAUUUGCAAUGCAUAUUCGACGCUGUGGCAGCUGAUGCAUCCCGAGUCGUUUUGGCAACUGAAUCAGAACGACACUGACGGAAACCGAACCAACAAAGGCCGCGAGACCGAGAGCUCAGGCACCGCCCCCCAAAUUACACGAUAUAAUUCUUCGACGAUCCAAGAAGUGCAGGCACUGUCGGACCACGAGCCCGGCCAUGGAUUUGGUUCCCCGGACGAGUAGGGUACGUAGUCGUUAGAGCCACAGGUCAAGAAUGUUCGGGCGGAAAACGAGGAUGAAAACAGAACCGUAGUAAAUGCCUUUGUGUCCUCCUGGAGGGAGGCAUCAUAAUUCAAGUAUCUAUAACUUCUUUAUUCAUUUGUACUACUAGAGGAAGUGGAGAUGAAAGAAAGAAAGUCAAAGCCUUCGACAUCACAACAGAUGAAUUGCUCCGUCCGCCGACGUGCACCGCGAUCGCCGUGUUGCGCGUCGCGCUACUGUCGUGUCUUUGGAACUAAUCCAAGAAGUAAUGAUAUGAUAGCGCCGUAUCACGCAAAGUCGACAACUUUUCAAGUUUUCUCGGUUGGUCUUGGAGCUCUUUUUGCAGGCUUGCGAUCCUCCGGAGAAGUAGGAUGACCAGGCGAGUGUAAGUAGUACCUUAGGGGAACGUACGAUCGAAGACGAAUGCGCUGGAUCGAUCAAAAAGACAUCAAAACCCGUUUGCUCAAGGAGGAUGCGUGCAAGGUUGAACAAGUAGGCGCAAAACCAAAAGUAGUUCUCCGUAUGGAGUGGCUUCUACUUCCCUGCCUCCGUUUCCGUUACACUUACAUGAGACGGCUAUCCUGCUCGGUGGAAUAAAGUUGACAAAGUAUCAUGCUGCAGGAAGGUCGAUCUUGCAGUGCUGUCGUAAUCCCGAAGAUGAAGAUGAAGUUCUUGACCUGGUCUUCUACGGCGCUUUUCUGCCUGCUGCUCGACGAAGCAGCGCGCGCAGCGUCCUUCCACAGCAGUACCACACCAUCUGUGCAGGAGGAGCGACGUCCUGUAUUGCGAGAUGAAGUAGUCGCAGCGGAGCCGGACCGAGUCCUUGUCUCGCGGGACCACGACGAGCGCAACUUACUACGCAGUCUCCCCCCUUCACGAUUUGAGAGCGUCGCAUUUUCUGCGCAACCUGGAGCGAGAAAUCAUGCGAGUGUUCCUCAGGACAAGCACGUACAACAGGUGCCAGCAGAAGGUCGUGAGCGUGAAGACGACGAGUGGACCCUGGCCGAUCUGAGCAGCGUGGGGAGUGAUUUUGUUUUCCUGGACGAUGAUUUGGAGUCGACUUUUUCAAUUCGAGCAGAAGGGACGAGCGGCAGGACCGCAUUCCACCCUGGACAAUUGGCGGAGACGAGUGCGGAAGAGAAUGCAGCUCACGCAACAGAACAUCAAAAUGUUUUACCACAGCAUGACCACGGGACGAAAGGGGAGCACGACGAGGGCGAGGAGCUUCAGCAGGCGGGAAGAAGGACGGCACCACUCCGUUUUUCACCCAGUUUACUCACGACCCACGUGUGGAGAACCGCGUCACAAGAACAUCUAAGCGAGGGAGAAGAUGCAACAGUUCUUGUUUUAGACGAUGAAAAGCUACUUUCUGCUGACGAAAUCCUGAGCCAGAAGAUUCGGUCCUCCGACCAGGCACAGCUUUUGUUGGAUUUUUUACAACCAGUGGCGGAGAAGUGGACCGCGGCGCUUUUGCCUCGGACGACUGGUCGUGGAACUACACCCAGAAAAAGCCGAAACGAAAACAACUACAGGAUCGCCCACGAGCUGAGCAUCAGCUUUUUUGAUCGUGCGAGCCGAAAAGUGGCGGUGCAGACAAAAGCCGUGCGGCAGAUCGGGAAAGCAGAAGUCGAAGAGGAGCUACCGAAGAACGGGAACGAAGUUUGUCCUACUUCAACGAGUGAAACUAGAAUCACACCGAGCGAACUUCUAGGAAAUGGAACAAAGCAGGAGAACCACAUGAACGCGGGCAACAACAAACAGCUCCUUUUCUCCCCUGGCGCGUCUGGAAUGCUUCCUCUUCUGGUCAUUCGCUUGUUUCGUGCGGUGGAAAAGCGGUGCGAAAACUUCUGUGAAACGGAGGAAGCAAAGAGGAGAGAAGCGGAACAAAUGCGAACCGCGACCGCGAUGCUUUUUCACCACGCGACCUACUGCAGCUACAACACGACCAUGUACAACCCUGUGCAGCACCUUAUUCCCAGCUUCACGAGUGUCACCCACUACGCCGGAAACUACGAUAAUUACCACUGCGACUAUCUCUAUGAUCCGCUCGGCGUCUUCGCUGGCUACCCACACAAUAACAUUUCGCAAAAGGUCGUGGACGACCUUCAUGGCGCUACCAACAGCAUCGGUUUAGACGAAGUUCUCGCAGGUCAGAAUAGUCAUCGUCAAGCACAAAAUGCCAGUCGAGGUGGGUCGUUCACGAUAAUGCGAGAAGACUCCUUGGACUCGUCGGACGAGUCUCCUGGUCGAGGUACGUCCGCGGUAUGGUCGCGACGAGACGGACUACACGGUGAGAAAACAAUGGCAGCCUCCGAGCAGCAGUCUUGCUCACAACAGUGCAAGCGGAGGGUUUGGUUGGAAGAGACCAAUGUGAUGGAAGAAUUCGUAAAAGUAGUACAACCUCCGCAGCGAAAGGUGUUCGAUAUCGAGAACCAAUUACACCAGCUAAACGAGGAGCGUGAAGGCCGCGUCGCGAACCUGCGGGAGCUGCUGUUACGGAGCCUGGGCCGCAAACAUGUGCUGACAGCUCCGACGUCGAGUGCGAGCGCAGCCGACAAGUCGCUGAGCAAACGCAUCCGCGCGUUGCUCUCCUAUGCACCGCAUUUCGCCAGGGCGGAGCCGGAGUUUGUAUGGAAGUACUUACUGAAUUCUGACGAUAGCGAGGAGGAACAGGUUGGACCCGAACGACCCGAAGGUGCGCCCUUUCUCACUUCAGCCGCCCGCGAAAAGUCCCAGCUUUUUUUCCAACAUUUGCUGCUGUUCACGAUCGUAAAAAUGGAGCGGCUGAGCCAGGAUUUCGAGGCAGAAAGAAAGGACUUUCCGAGCCAGAUCCUCUUUGACAACAAGAAACGAGGUAGUCGUGGUUCAGCAACACCAGAAAUUGUGAAUGCGGACGGAGGGAGCAAAGAUCCCUACGAUGUGUUUGAUCGGAUUCAAGACGAGCAGCAGAAGUGGGAGAUCGUCGCAGGUUUCCGGUUUGCCGAUGUUUCGAAGUCCUGCGCUGUACUGGUGGAUCACCUAUUCAGAACAGGCUCUGCUUCCGAGCACGACGGUUCAUCUUCCGCACUUUUUCCACCGGAAGUUUUGAAACGCAAGCCGAAAAAGCAGCAAGACGUCGCCCCGGCAUUGUGUGAAAGUCAACCUCCUUCUCUGGCGGGAUCAACCGGCAGCUUGUUCUCGCGGGUGUUGCGGCGGUUGGUGCCGGGUGCUGUAAGCCCUCUUUCACCUUCCACUUCCGCAGCCAGCACCAACGCCAAGUCUCCCUGCAGCUCUUCGGCUGAGGCGCUUCACUCUCCUGCGAGCUUGUCUUUCGCACCAACAACUUCGGAUCAAGUCGGUCCAAAAGGUGAGGACAGCGCCAGUCCGGACGUCAGCGCAGUAGAGGCAUUGAUCAACACAACGGGGCACGGUCUGACCUUCCAGGGGGUGCACAUGAUGAUGAUUGAUGACUUGCCAACAGGCUUUUCCCGCAGCACCAGUGCACCGAGCUUUUCCACUUCGACUACACGCCAGGCAUCAAAUAAUAUCACUCGCGUUGCUGAUAAUGAUGAAAGAGCCAGCAGUUCCAUCCUCGCCGAGAACCCCAACAGGAAAACCGAAGACCAGGCAACGGCUACUGAUGAGGCAAGUGAAAUAAAAAUCGCUACCGCGUCAACGGGAUUUGGUCGCCGCCACCGCAGCUGUGGCGACAUUGCGGUACAGGGCGGCAAGACUGCGGAGGCGUUUUUACCACCAAGGAAGGUAACCCCGGCCGGGUUCCUGCAGCAGCUUCCGCAAGAACCGCAAGACCGGACUGAAACGUGUGCAGAUAAGCAGCGCGUGAAGCAAGAACAAUUGAGAAGAUUCACUUCCCUCGGCCUGGAGCAAGAGAAGCAGUUUCAACUCGCCGACCGAUUCGUGCUGGACGACUUGCGGUUCGCUGGUAGCGCCAGAGCGGUCGCUUCAAUCGUCGACUCCUUCCAGCAACUGGAAGCGGCCGAUAGCUCGAAAGACCGGUUCACCGACAUGGGUACGGCGUUGGCUGCGUUUGACCGCGAAACGAGACGAGCGCAGCACAACUACAAGUAUGAUCAUUUUCUGCUUGACGCGAGUGAUUCUUGGGAUAAUCUCGUCGCAGACGAUGCGUUGUAUUCGCACAAAAACUUGAGGCUCACCGACACCCCGUGCGGGUUCAGUCCCGGUCUGGGAAACGCAGUUGCGACCACCGACGCGCUAGCAAGGAUUAUGUACCACGGGUUCCUCGGCACGUUCAAUGCGGAACAAGCGGAAAUAGCUGCAGAUUCUUCGUCCGCGGAGGUUCUUCUUGAAGACCAAAACCGAUUACUCUCUAUCGCUGACGCCAAGAGCUUUUGGCGAAGUGUAGUUGGUGGCGGUGAUGCAAACACUCCCGGAAGCGUUGACGUGUUCUUGAACACUGGGGAUCAUCAUUUUAACAAGAGCAUAAAGAACAAGGACUACGACUCUACAACAAGCAGGUCAUACAAACAAAGCAUUGUCGUCGACCACCACGAUGAUGAUGUCGUUACUACUACCGAUGAAAAUGACCUUAUGGGCCGCCCACAGCUUCCUGCCUCCUGUUCCGCCUCUGCUCUGAGCCGCGAGCGAGCAACGUUUUCCUCUGCCGCCUCCGCGGGCGACGGGCUGCAUGGCGAGGAAUCAAUCGUCGAACCUCAAGCCAGCUUCGCAUACGUGGAAGUUGUGGUCAGCCAAAACGCUGCGGCGGAUACCGACACGGAACGAGGCCAAGCUAGUACUACUAGUACAUCGCGUCGCACCGUUCGCGUGAAGAACUUCCGCAAGCUUUUAAACGGCGCGACUUUAUCCUUUGGAGGGAACGCGCUGCCGCUGGAUAGAAGUACGACUGCAAAUGCAAUGAGAACAACUUCUGCUUUCACGGGUGGCACAGCUAGCCCGAUGCUCGCCCCUACCGGCAAUUUUUGUCCGUUCCAAGCGGUGUUCGAGAAGCAAGAUUUUUCGCUCGUGUGGUGCAUGAACACCGACGGGCGGGUGGGUUCCACGCACGGAAGCGAUCAAUAUGUGGAAACCUGCUCUGAUCUGGCAAACCAGUUUUUUCAGUUGAAGACCCACUAUGCCUUGGGAAAAGGAAUGGUCGAGCGGUUUUUGCGGUCAUCUCUGGCGGAACGAGAAAAUCUAGAUCAAACGAUGGAGUCCACCAAAGCCGACGGAGUACCUGGAUCGCGAAAAAAGGUGUUGCGAGUGGAAGACGACGUCUCGUUUCUCAACUGCGAAAAUGAUUUUGAUGAGUUGUUUCACAACCUGUGCGGUAGCGGGUGAUGAAUGGAAAAUUUAUCUCCGCCACCGCACACUGACACGACAUGAUUUUUUUGAGGUUCAUUUCCGAUCCGGCAUCCUGCACGGCUUUUCUUUACAGUGACGAGAAUAAAACUCAAGUAGCACAAGUAGAUAGAAGGCACGGCAUUCACUACUCUACUAUGUUUUGUUAGCCUGAGAAUACCCCGACAACCUUGUUUCCAGAAGAGUUUUGACUGUAGCUAGCCUAGCUGGCGAUUUGCAUUUUCCGUUUUCUCACGAGCUGUAACUAAGAUUUUUAGUUACCGACCUAGAUCUUUUUCUUUUACCACAAGUGAAGAAUUGCGUUUUUGUCGACAUCCUUAUCAUGCGUUCUUUCGUAAAAUGCAAAAGCAACUACUGAUUGCAUUGUCUGCGCAACUGUACUCCAGUUCCGAUGACUUUUUGAGCUUCUGUUUGCAAAUGAAAAUCUACGAGAACCGCGAAAAUGUUUGUCAUUCCUGCUGAAAUGAAACUGGAAUGUUGGAUUAAGUUUCAUCAGUCCGCUGUCAGAAC